GUUGGAAAGACUUUCCGGAGUAAAAGAGGUAUUGAUGUCAUAGAUCGAAAUCUGCAAAGCAGUUCCAUUGGAAUAAUGGUGCGAAACGUUACAGCCAAGAGUAAAGGCAUCCACAAUUCCAGCCGGGGAUUAAUAAUCAUAGCUAAUUGUCCAAACAUUACUCAACUAAUCCGUCAGUACAUGGAGAAUGCAAGUAAUGCUGAAAACUCUAAUCCAGCUGAUAUUUCAACGAAUGACUUCAGUAAUUCUCAAAAAGAUGCAGUCAUCUAUAUUGUUGUUGUUCUUUUCUUCUACUCCUUUUUCAUUGGAUUUAUGAUGAUUCGGUACAUGCAAAAAGAAGCAAAAGAGCAACAAGAAUGCAAAAAAUACAGAAGAUACAUAAAUAUGGCUCAAGAUCAGUAUCUGGCAUCCAUGAACAGAGCAAGAUUGGCAAACAGACUUGCAUUACAGGCAUUAAAUACAGUGAAUGCUAUUCCUCAAACUUCUCAAUAUGGAAGCAAAGUCACAUUUGUAUGACUAAAUAAUAUAAAGUA